UCUACCCACAAUCCACUGCGGUCGUUCACAGUCACAAACAUGGCGUCGAGGGCACCAGCGCAGGCAGGCAAGUUCCUGGUUGGUAUUCGCAAAUGGUAUUAUGGCAUGUGUGGCUUCAACAAGAUGGGUUUAUUGCGAGAUGACACAGUAUAUGAGGAUUCAGACGUGAAAGAGGCCCUGAAGAGGCUCCCAGAGCACAUGUACAAUGAAAGGAUGUUCAGGGUGAAGAGAGCCAUGGAUCUCUCCAUGAAGAUGCAAAUCCUACCUAAAGACCAGUGGACUAAAUAUGAGGAGGAUGUCAACUACCUGACACCAUAUCUGGAGGAGGUGAUCCGUGAGAGGAAAGAAAGAGAGGAAUGGAUGAAGAAAUAAAUGGUUACUGGUCAAGGUGUUAAUCCCUGCUCCGGGUCCAGUACAUGGUUAUUCUUGUUGUAAUAUUUAAAAUGAAAUGUAACCUAUAUGAGACAGUACUCAAUAAAAAUACACAUUUUGGAA